AUGGCUGAAAUAUCGGGAUGUGGAAAGGGGGGCUGGACACUAGUGAUGAAAGUGGAUGGAAAAGAGGUAAACUACGUAGUGCAAACUGCCUAAAUAUUGCAUAAAUCUUUUAAAAAACGUACUUCUCACCUGCCGGGAUCUCCUCAAAAAAUUACAGUGGUAGCGCAAAGUUUUAGCCAUAACAAGCCACAAAUUCGGUUAGUUUGUAUUCAAACUGAAAAGGUUGAGGAAUUGGCCAUGAGAACUUGGCAACUGAUUACAAUCUGCUUUUCUUCAAUUUUUACUAAAAAGGUGCUCGUCUCAAGCUACGAGCUGACUGCACCGCCCUACUGAUAAGUGCCUUGUUCGAAACACUUUCAUACCACAUUAGCAAGACUAAUUUAGUCAGUACCAGCUCUCCUGCAGUCUUAUAUAGUCUCCUGCAGUCAGUACCAGCUCUCCUGCAGCUCUCCUGCAUCUCCAUUCAGAGAUGACUAUCCUGGUCUAUGUCUACAUUUUAAAACGUUUUUCUUUAAAGGAUACCUUCAAAUCUGAUUCCCUUUACUGGAGCAACAAAAUUGCCUACGAAGUAGAAAACGGGUUUGAAGGUUUGACAGAUAAUCAAACAAAGCUAGCUUCUUAUUGGUACACGCCGUUUCAAAAAAUAUGCCUCGGAAUGAAAGUCAAUGGAGGUACAGAAACUGAUACAAAAUGGAUUGCGAUUAACCACCAAGCAAGCUCGCUCUUCGACGUUAUUGCUGGUGACAAAUUCACAGCAACAAACAUUGCAAAGUCAAAAUGGAAAUCAUUGAUCGAUGGUUUAUCUCUACAAGAAUAUUGUAAUAAACAAGGGUUUAAUAUCCUUGGGGGACAAUCUAAUAGGAAGAUGUAUGUACGGAUUGGAUUAGUCGCUAAUGAAUGA